AUGAAAAGAGGUUUUGAGUACGCAUCGACGAAAUACAACGACCAUAAGAUAACCGCACGAUGCCGUGUCUUAGAUUGUCCUUGGAAAAUAAAGGCGCGUCAAGUACCGAGAAUUGCUCAAUUGUGGGUGAAGAAAUUUGAUUCGCAACACACUUGUAACAGGGCAAUAGGGGGAUUGGGCCACAGGAAUUGCGAUGCGGCUUUUAUAGCAGCAUUUGUUAAGGAGCAGGUGGUGGCAAACGAGAAAUAUACGCCGAAGAUGGUUCAGACCGAGAUUCUUCGACAGCACGGCGUAAAAAUUUCAUACUGGAAAGCCUACCGAGCCAGAGAAUUGGUCCUUCAAGAGAUGCGCGGCGAUUUCGAGGGCUCGAAGCACUACAGGCCGCUGAUUGGUCUGGAUGGAACUUUCCUAACUGGUAAGUUUAGAGGUUGUCUGCUGACGGCGUCAUGUAUUGAUGGGAAUAACUGCAUAUUGCCAUUGGCGUGGGCAGUUGUUGAAGCUCAUGGUUGUUGCAUUUACCAUCUGUCUACCAAUCUCCCGCACGCGCCAAACAAUACACCUGCGUGGAGAAGAUUUUGGGCUGCGGCCCGUGCAUAUACUGUCACGAAGUUCAACGAACACAUGGAAAAGAUGAAGGAGUUGAACUCCGAACAGUACAAGUAUGUGGUCAAGCUUCCUCGGCAUAGGUGGGCUACCCAUUGCUUUCUGGGAAGGCGUUAUUCAAUGCUCACUUCCAACUGUGCCGAGACGAUAAAUAGUGUAAUUCGACAUUUAAAGAGCCUUCCAAUUACCUACCUUGUGGAGGAAACACGAAAGAAGACAGCUUGUUAUUUUUACCAGAGAAAAAAUAAUGGGGAGAAUAUUACCAGUGUAGUAACAUCCUAUGCAGAAAAGAUUUUAGGGAGCUCGAGGGAAACGUCCCGCUUUUACACACUGAAUCCUUUGACCGAUGUCCUCUUUCAGGUAAUUGCAGCUGACCGUACGGAUGUUGUGCAUCUGUCCAAAAAGACAUGUUCCUGCAAGCGAUGGGACAUUGACGGCAUUCCAUGUAAUCACGCCAUGGCAGCAAUUUCAUUUAGGCUACGAGAUCCGUAUGAUUUUGUCGAGGACUGGUUUAAAACCUCGACUUAUUGUGCAACCUACAACGAUUGCGUCCCCCCCACCAGAGGCAAAGAGCAAUGGCCUGCAAUACCAAGUAACGUUGUUCCGCCGCGGCAGCCAAACGUCCGCAUACAACCGGGCAGAAGAAAGGUUUCGCGGCGAGAGUCUAUUGCUAACGGCUUAAUAAAAAAGCGGUGCCGGAAUUGCCAGAGAUGGGGGCACAACAAAAGAUGCAUUCCCAAUUACGGAGACAGUGGUGUUCGUGAAAGAAGUGAAGACGACAACGCCAUUCCCGGUAAGAGGAAGUGCAGCGCUUCCCCUCCGCAGCAGCGCUUCCCCUCCUACGGGGAACGCCAUCUAGGCUUCGCCUUCUUCGCCGUCACUGGAAAUCCCCGAUCUGAGGACCCCGGUGGCCAGGGCAUCGUCUCUUCGCCUUCUUCUCUAUCUUUGGAACCCCCGGGCCCUUAUUCUUCUUUUCGCCUUCUUCGUCGUCGCUGGAAACCCGCCGCCUUCCUCGUGUUUGGGGAGAAACUGCCGCCUUCCUCGGCUUUGGGGAGAAACCCCUACCUUCCUCUGUGCGUAGCCUAG